AUAUAGGAGGAGACGCGAGAGCACCUACCAGAAAUAUCAUCCCUCACAGAUUGUUGAAGGAUUUUUAUACUCAGACCUGCUAAAAGUUGAUGGGAGGUUAGUUGUUUUAGCUUGCAUGAAUGGAUAAAACCAGGGAAGCUCGACGAUCAUCAACAACCAUGGCUGCUUUAAAACGGAGACAGAGAAUCUCAGAUAAUAGUCGUGGGCGGGUGCAUCAGGAGGUGGUGACAGUGAGGGAUCGACCGGAGAAGAAAGAGCGAGAUCCAGAAUCGUUGAAUCGAAGUAAGAGGAGACGAAGCGAGAGGUUUGCGCCGAGAAGCGAGAGAGCUGUCGAAGAAGAUAGCUCGGAUGAGAGUCUCGGAGACGGCGAUUCCCACAGAAAGAGCUUCCCAUCGGGUCGUAUCCCUAGGCACGCGGCGUCUUUGAAAGUCGCCGAUGGAAUGAUCGGCGUACCUGUCCCGAGAAAGGCUCGCUCAGUAGCAUGUAUAAAGAGGUCGCAUGACUGCCGGACUUCGUCGGGAAGUGGUGGCGGAGGAUAUGGAGAAGACCGCCGAAGACCACCCACUUCGCCGGGGAGCUGUAGUUUCGAAGUUGUUUCACCGUCUUCUUCAACUGUUUCGGCCAAGCAGAAGAAGAAUGUAAACGGACACAAAUCCCGGAUACCCAAGCCACCGAAAUCCUCCGGUACGAUUGAGGAAGACUUGGAGAUUGAAAUAGCAGAGGUUCUAUCUGGACUGAAGAAACUGCCUUCGAAGAGAGAAGACGAUUCGGAGGGUGCCGUAAAAUCAUCUGAGGUUAAAGGUGCGAACAAGUUGAAAACGGAAGGUGAGGAUUCUUCCGCAGGUUUAGAGAUGGGCGGUUUAAUCUCUUGCAAAGCGACGAGAAUCGAAACAGCCAACAAUGAGCGAGAAACAACGUCACUAGCCUCCGAUAUUCAGCAAGAGAGAGAAGCAAGGCAAGAAACACCGGGCAGAUUGGAUGGCGUUCUGGACUCGGCGGUGUCUAAAGGGGUAUCCGUGGGUCCUCAGUUGGAAAAUUGUAAUAGUAAGCUCGAGAUUGAUCUGAUGGUUCCUCCAACUACGCCCUCGCCACAGAAACUUUCUCUUCUUCCCUUGGUUUCUGAUUCUGUUGUUAUUAAAGCUUCUUGCAAGCUAGAUACUUCUGUAGAGAGCAAAGAGAAGACUAUUGUCGAAAAACGGCAAUGGUUGAAUCUUGAUGUAGAGAGACUGAGCCAAGAGACUGGCAGAGAUUCUAGCCUAGGAUUACAAAAUUUGGAUUGGAGCCAACCUCAGCAGGCUAAAUACGCUCAACAGAGUUCAAUCUCACCUUUGACGGUAGCUGUAGGCGGCUGGCCUAGCCGGCUUCCUCCUCAGGGGUAUGAUCCCCUGAUCCACAACGGUAAACCUGUGGAUGGGAGCAAUGGAUCUUUUACAUUGGUGGAGGGUGCGCCAUUUCUUGCCUCUCAGCCUAGCCCGAAAAGGUGUGCCACACACUUUUUCAUCGCCCGGAACAUUCAGCUACAUCAGCACUUUGUCAAAACUAACCAUCUUUCUCAGCCAAACAAAGCUUCUGUUUAUCUGAAAGGUGGUGGUGACGACUUGAGGCCAUCCACAGGAAACCCAUCCUUGGUAGGACGCUCUCCUAGUCUCAGUUUAAACUCUCAGGCACAAGAUAGAACCGCGGUUAAUGUUUCUGCGCUUAAGGACAAAACCUCUGAAAGUGGUCAUUUUGCCUCAACUAGGCAGAAGAAACCUCAGCUAUCCCCUGCAUCUAGUAGUAUAGUGCCUGCUCAAGCUUACAUCUUCCCCACAAACCAACAUUUGCAACCAGUCAUUGUACCUUCUAAAUCACCUCGCCCAGCAAAAAAUCCAUGUCUGGCUGUUGGCUCAGCAUCCGUCAGUUUUAACCUUCCAAGUUCUUCAGCCAGCGAAGCUUCUUCCCCAUACUUUACGGUUCAUCCAAACAAUGCAUAUUCCUUUCAACUGUCUUCAACCAUCAGAGGUGGGACUGCAAGCCAAGCGUUGCCUUUCUUCAAUGGGUCCUUCUAUUCGCCGCAGAUGUUCCAGCCUCCCCAGCUUCUGCAGAAGAAACAGAGUCAAGGCCAGAGGGAGACAAAGGCAACAAGCUGUUCCUCAUCAUCUCAUAGGCAACCGCACCCUCAAGUUACUAUGAAUAGUCUUUCAAACCAAGCUAGUGUUCAGAAACACCGUCAACAGUCUCAAAAGUCUGAGGCUAAAGCAGCUGGAAAUAACUCAGAUUCAAGGGGUAGCAGCACUCAGAAAGGAGGGCCAUAUAGCCAGAUCAUGACAGCUCCUAUGCAGCCACAAAACUUUUCCAUGUCAUUUGCCUCCUUCGCUGGUGGUUCCGCGCCUGCAAAUCUGAAUUUCACUUCCAAUGGUUACCAAAUCGUAUCUGCACCUCCCGUUGUUCACCAGAUAAACCAUCAAGCAAGUGACUCAAAGAGGGGCGGUGGAAGCUGUUCAAGCAACUUCGAGGACCCCAAAAGGACUCUUACCGGGAAGCCUCCGUCAAUGAUGAAUGGACAAACGCUGGUUUUUGACAAUCCAUCGAGGACCCUCAACUUUGUUUCUGGUGCUUGGCCUCCUGCUGCAGCAACAACAAUAAAUGGAGACCCUUCUGCGUUUAGCCAGCAUCUUACGCAGAAGCAGCAGCAAUCUGGUCGGAGUAAGACUAUGACCCAUUCUCAGGCUGACACCGUUCCUGCCAUGUCAUCCCAGUGGAAAAACCCUGCAACCUCAUCACCCACUUCGUACAAUUCCUUAAACCUCAAGCAGUUCCAGUCUCCACAGCAGAUAAGAACACACGGACAGACUCAGAUUUCUUUUGCAGCACCUUCAAAGUCGCAACCUUCUCAGGGGAAACAGGGGAGAUCUGGUGGCUCUUCUUCUUCAGUCACAGGGUUCGAGUCACAUGGCAAAGCAGCAAGCCCUAAGGUCGACAAUAGCAAAGCCUUGCCGCCAUUAUCACCUCUUCCUUCGUCAUCAGCAGACGCACAUGACCAGACAGAAAAUUCAGCUUCUGGCUCUGCCCAAAAAACCUCUCCAGUUUGUGGGAGGAACGUGCCACCGAUCAUAACUUCGUGUCCGGGGCACUUGUCUAACCUAAAGUACUAGUUUCAUCGAAGCAGACGUAUAAAGUCACCAUUUUUCCCGUGUCUAGCUUCGGAUACCCAAGUGAUGUAAUACCCUAAUGGUUAGUAAGAUCUAGAGAGCGAACGCUAUGAGUUGGGUGGUAUCUUAUUAAGGUUUUUAAAUUGUUUAUUGUUUUAUGGGGUCGAUUUUCUUUGAUUAUGAUUGGUGUAGUGUAUAUAUAUUUAGACUAACAAAAUCCACUCCGCAA